AUGUCUGCGGCAGAUUUAAGAAAGAAAGCCUUGUCAGGUCUGGCUGCGGAGAAUGUUCGUCCAUCCUCUCCGCUUCCUAAUAUGGAAAGAGAUGGACCAAAUUCAUCGAUCAGUUCUGGAGCCACUACCCCAACGAGAAUGAUCAAGACUGAUUCAGUCAUCAACUUGACCAAACCUUCAUUAUACGGGAUUUACAACGACAAUUCGCUACUCAACUUGAGCAAAGACGAUUUCGAAGACGGUGGCAUGUACGUUACACCUCCAACGCUGAAGCAAUCUGAAGGCGAACAACUGGAAUCGGGUAAAGCAAGCGAGUUUCUUCUGGAUUAUCCUAUACUCAAACUAGUUGGUAAGUUGCUUGUGCUUACUCUGGCUUGCUUUGCUUAUAAUGAGAUUACCAAAAACUUGCACAAUUCUCAUCUUCAGCUGGGGUUAUCUAUUCCCAAUCAACCACUUCUUUUGGCGAAUACUCUAUUAACUAAAUUUGUUCAUAAACUUAGACCGGUGUCGGCAGCUUCAAAUAAUGUUACAUCCACCGUGAGCUGGAUAGACUCAGCUCUUGCUUUAAUGAUCCAGGGGGUUGCAAUGGGUUCAAUCCAUCCAUUAGUUGACCAAAUAUUACCAAAAACAUUAUCCAAAAGAUUAAUGUCACUGGCCCCCCGUUCAACUUCAUCAUCUUCGUCAUUUCCAAACCUUUCUACAACUGGAACUGACUUAAUUAGAUCUUUAAUUACCUUUUUAGGACUCCUGUAUGCCGUCAGGAAAGUCCAAUGGACAUCAGCAUUACAAGUAUCCAUUUUGUGGUCACUUUUAAACCCAUGUUUAUGGUUAUUGUUAGACGGUACCAUCAGUGGGUUUAUAGCCAGUACAAUCGGUGCUGGCGUUGCCUGUAUCUGCGUUUACCUUCAAAGUUAUGAAUUGAUUGCCAUCCAAGGACAUGACUAUGAGAAUUUCGCGGCUAUUUGGUUGUUAGUUGCAUCAUUUUUCUUCUGUGGGUUAAUUAUCUUUGGAAAGUUAGGGAGAGCUUUAUUUUAG